GAGGCACGGGGAGGCGGAUGCUGUGGUUUUCCUCGCUGACGGGACGGCUAAGCUCCCCCGGCUCCUGCGUGUAAUGCAUGUGCCCUUGUCUGCUGUCAUCAACGGUAAACCAGUUACACAAGUCGGUUAGUCCGCUCUUGUGGGAGCCGGCGGCGGAGUCACCGCGGCCAAGGUACGGAGGGGAGAGACUGAAAACUCCUGUCACAACUGCUGCCCAAGUUUUGUGGUGCCAUGAUGAGGAAAGGCGUGGAAGCUGUCCUGCUCUUGUCGCUGCUAUUCUUCACGUCACAUGCAAAGGCAACGCGCUUCAGUCCGCCAGGGAAACCAGCACUGACAAGAUGUCGUUCUCCUGAAAAAGAAACCUUCACCUGCUGGUGGGAGCCAGGCUCUGAUGGAGGACUGCCCACUACCUACGCCCUGUACUAUCGCAAAGAAAACUCUGAGACAGUGUAUGAGUGUCCCGACUACCACACAGCCGGGGAGAACUCCUGCUUCUUUAACAAGAACGACACAUCCAUCUGGGUCAACUAUAACAUCACAGUGGUGGCCACCAACGCACUAGGCAGCACCUUCUCAGACCCUGUGGAUAUAGACGUUGUCUAUAUUGUCAAGCCUAAUCCUCCAGAGAAGGUGACAGUGUCUGUGAUGGAGGACAAGGGCUGGCCCUUCCUGCGGGUGUCGUGGGAACCACCACACAAGGCCGACACUCGGUCCGGUUGGAUUACUCUCAUCUAUGAGCUCCGUGUUAAGUUAGAGGGAGAGGACGAAUGGGAGAUGCACCUUGCAGGCCAACAGAAGAUGUUUAACAUAUUCAGCCUGCGGUCAGGUGGUACAUACCAUGUCCAGGUGCGCUGUAAACCCGAUCAUGGCUUUUGGAGUGAAUGGAGUUCCACCUCCUACAUCAAAGUUCCUGACUAUUUCCAUCGGGAGAAAUCAGUUUGGAUCCUCAUUACAGUUUUCUCUGCCUUCAUCUUCCUCAUCCUCACAUGGUUGUUACACAUGAACAGCCACAGUUUGAAGCAUUGUAUUCUGCCACCAGUACCUGGUCCUAAAAUCAAGGGAUUUGAUAAGCAGCUUCUUAAGGAUGGCAAGUCUGAGGAUGUCUUCAGUGCGCUGGUGGUGUCUGAUUUUCCCCCAACCACAUCAUCCAAUUAUGAGGACCUGUUGGUGGAGUACUUAGAGGUGUACAUCCCCGAGGAGCAGGAGCUGACGCUGGAGGAAAGCAAGGAUCUGCACGACAGCUGCCUCAAAUCUGAGGGCUCCACGUCUGACAACGACUCCGGCCGUGGCAGCUGCGACAGCCACACUCUGCUGAUGGACAAGGGAGAGGCGAAAGAAGGAGAGAGGCAAACAGAUCAGGAAGAAAGUCAGACGGAGGCACAGAGGCAACAGAAAGACUGGGACGAGGAGGAGUUGACCUACACUCAUGAAGACAUGGUUAGCCCUGACAUGUCCAGCGGAAGGGUGAAGACCUGGCCUUCUGUGUUUUCUCCACUGCCUCAGUACACUUUGAGCCCACUGGUCCAAAGGAGCUCACUCGAAAUGGCCAAACAGCACUGCCUCUCUGACAGCAUGUUCCCCCCAAGCUCCACUUCCUCCUACCUCAUCCAGCCUGGCAACAGCACCAAGGAGGCUCUUGGUCCGAGCCACUGGGAGUUCAGCUUGAGCAACAAGCAGCCUCAAUUGCUCCAUCCCAAGACGCAGGCCCACAGCGACAUCAACAUCUCUAGCAUCGGCCACAAGCAAACACCCGUAAGCCUGCAGUCACCUGCUCUCCGGCGCACUGAGUACGUCGAAGUCCAGAGGGUGAACGAGGAGGACAUGGUGCUCCUCCAGCCCAUCGUCUGUGGUGAAGGCUGCCCCCAGAUGCGCCAGGCGGAGGACUACAGCAAGGUGAGAGGGGUGGACAGUGACAACAGGCUGCUGCUCCAGAGAGAGGUGGCGAAAGAAGAGGUGGACAUGUGCCCUUAUGAGGACCAGGAGGCCGAUGGAGCGACAGAAAGCUGCUACACGUCGUCCGACAUUAACACUAACCAGAAGCCUCCAGCCUGCAGUUACACUGCCACGCCAGUCCAGGACAACAGGACCCUGCCAGCGAGUGGUUAUGUCGACACUGCCACCAUGUUCACACUGCCCACUUACUAGGUGCUCCAUAAGCCCAACUGGCAGGUCUGGGACAUUGCAAGACCUGUUUUAAGCCAGGACUGAGACAAAAAACCAAGACUUCCUAACACUGGAUGACACCUACCAAGAUGGUUGCAACUGUGACAGUAUUUUGUCACAGAAUUUCAGUUUUUUUAUUUUUCAUCUCAUAUACAGUAAGAGACGACUUUCGACUGACUACACUGCAGUGACACUCUCUGAUUUUGAGAAUCCAAAAAAAUUUGUUCCAAUGUGAAUAAUUCAGCUUUAUAAAGAAUAUGAUUGAUUGUAUAAAUAACGUGGUACUACAUGUUGUCAUUCUGAUUAAUUAUUUGUCUGUCGUAAAUCUCUUACUCAGUCACAGGCACAUGUUUUUAUGUCAUGAAUGUCUUUUUGAAAAUAAUUGAUGAAAUUUAUUGAUGUAUAUUGGUGUAAUGUGAGUAUCUGUAAAAAUUGUGUAAAAUCAAAAUUGCAGGAAUCUCAAACAUCAGAUGUUUUUAUUUUGUCUCAGUUUUUGUACGUCCAAAUUUUCUCUGCUCCCUGUAGAACAUUACAUCUUGAAGCAGCUUGCAUACAGAUACAUACACACACACACACACACGCACACACACAUAUAUAUAUAUAUAUAUAUAUAUAUAGAGAGAGAGAGAGAGAGAGAGAGAGAGAUAUUUUGUGUCAAGAAGAAAAAAAAGUCAGAAUGUAUUGCUCUAUUUGUCAUUCAGAGACUAUUUUGUGUAUAUACAUUUAUUACUGCAUUGACUGAUUAAGUGGUAAAUUUGAAAAAAAAAAAGAGAGUUAUUUCUACAAAGAUGUUUAGUUUUUUGGGUGGGAAAAUUGUGUCAUGAUACUUGACAUGUAUAUGCAUAUAUAAACAGUCAACAACACACAUACAAUGCAAUUUGAAACUGCACUUAAAUCUUUGGACAGCUCUCAGUAAAAAUCGCUUGUAAUAAAUUUACAAUAUACAGUU